ACCGAGUGAUAAAAUAACUAACUAACCAGGCAGGCGGAAUACAAGUCUUCUUUCUCUUUUGGUUCCCUCUCUCGACGUUUCGAGAAACUAGGGCACAAAUAAUCCAUCAGGUUUCAUUUGAUUUGUUUAUACAGGAACAGGAAGAAGAAGAAGAAGAAGAUCAUUCAUGGCGGGAGGAAAUUUUGUGCAACGUGUUAUGUCUUACCUUGUUAAUGAGCUCCUCGUCGAUAGUCUCGCCAACAGCCGGGCGUUCCAACGAUUUGCUGUGAGGACUUCAAAGUCAAUGGAAGAAAUGGCGAGCCUAGCUGCAAAGAAGAGGCAAGAAAUUGCUGAGCAGGUGAAGGAAAUGUCUCGGAACAUUGAGUCCAAGAACCAUUGAUGAACAAAUCCACACAUGUCAGCAUCCAGGUUACAAGACCAAAAUGUGUCACUUUGUUCUUGUUUAUAGACUGUAGUGUGAGGUGAAACUGUUGCAGCCAGCUGUAUCAUCAGUGCUUGCAAGUUCAAAUGAUAUACGACUUUGUGAAUGCUUUUUUUGUUUAAGAUUUUAUGCAUCAAUGUGUUUGAUGGCAUGAUAUAAUAAACUUUAUAUGGAGAUUUUUUUAGCAUAUUUUGUA